UGAUUGUUGUGAAGAUGGCGGAGGGGGAGACAGAGAAGGAGUAUGACACACGGAGAGCCCUCGCCGAGCUGCGGGGCCGCUUCACGGGGCUGACGGCGGCGCUGCGGGAGAGCCGCGGCUCCCCGCUGGACGCCUCGCUGCACUUCUGCCAGGAGUUCUGCCAGGUCCUGGUGGAACAUGCCGGUCGUUGGAAAACCGAUGAGGAUCCACUGCCUUUGCUGGAGGUUUACACCGUGGCCAUUCUCAGCUUCGCUAAAGCAGCCUCCUGUCUCUCCUCCGCAUGUGAAAAUGUGCCACUCCUACUUGAAAAGUUAGCAUUGAGCUGUGCGGAGCUGCUGCUCUUACUGCCCCAGCAUGUCCCUGGUGCCUUAUGGGAGGAGUUUCAGUCCUCCAUGAAGUUGGCACACAGCCUUUUGCAAGAAAGUGGGAGCACACAGCUUCGCCUGCUCUCAGCUCUGGCGCAGCAGGAUGGCAUCUGGACCAACACCACAUUAAGCAGCAUCCUGUCUAAUCAAGUUCUUCAAACUGAACAAGUUCACGAGUAUCUUGAACUGGAAGGUCCCACGCUUCUCAACAUGCGAGUCAAACAUCUUAUUAAAGUGGCCAGUAUCGAUAAAGCUGCUGUCCUUGCGAAGAUGUGCUCUGAGUAUCCAGGAUAUGAAGGACAAGGGAACUUCAAACAGACCUACUUGCUCUGUAUCUGCAUGACCAAAAGUCAGGAGGAGCUGAUGGAAGAGAUUGCAUCGAUAGACUGUAAAGAUGCUCUUGAGAUGAUCUGCAACUUAGAGUCGGAUGGAGAUGAGAAAGGAGCUCUCUGCAUGUGUACUGCCUUUCUCAAGCGACAGCUUCUCCAAGGAGAGGUUUACUGUGCCUGGGAGCUCACUUUGUUCUGGAGUAAACUACUCAUGAGGAUGGAGUCGUCUGCCGAUUCAUUCCUCAGCCACAGCAAAGACAUGGCCCUCCUCUGCACAAGUGUCUGUCACAUCCUGUUUCUCAUCAAAGUAAUCCAAAAUGAGGUUGGAGAGGUGGGGCUUCCAGUGUGUGUAGAAAUGUGCAUCCAAGCUCUGAAAAUGACCUCCAGUGACCACAAAGACAGCAAGUCCACCAUCUGCAAGACUAUUUCCUGCCUCUUGCCAACUGAUCUAGAGGUGAAGCGUGCAUGCCAGCUGACCGAGUUCCUUCUGCAGCCCACUGUUGACUCAUAUUAUGCUGUGGAGUCGCUGUACAAUGAACCCGACCAGAAGCCUGAGGAGGAUGGGAGUCUGCCAGUGCCCAAUUCUUUACGCUGCGAGUUACUGCUGGCCUUGAAGACACAGUGGCCUUUUGAUCCAGAGUUCUGGGACUGGAAAACACUGAAACGCAACUGCUUGGCGUUGAUGGGCGAGGAGGCGGCUAUUGUCUCAUCUAUUGACACACUCAACGAUACAGAUGAACAGGAGGUGGAAAGUGCACUUGGCAAACUCCCCGAAUACAAAGAUCUGGAAGAUUUCCUUUUAACCACUACAAAUGAACUCAAUGAAAUUACAGAUGAAAAGGAAAAGAACAGAGAAGCUAAGAAACUUCGGGAGCAGGGUUUUGUGUCUGCUCGGUUUAGGAAUUGGCGAGCCUACAUGCAGUAUUGUGUUUUGUGUGACAAGGAGUUCUUGGGUCACAGAAUUGUUCGCCACGCUCAGAAACAUUUCAAAGACGGAGUGUAUCUGUGUCCGAUUUGUGCUGACAGUUUUGAAAGUAGGGAGAUUUUAGAACCACAUGUAGCAUCUCAUGUAAAGCAGUCGUGCAAAGAGAGGCUCGCUGCAAUGAAAGCGGCAAGAAAGGUAACGAGCCAGUCCCCUAAAAGUCCGUCUAAAAUGUCCAAGGUAGCAGCCAAGGCCAACCUUAGUCCUGUUAAAAUUGAAUCUCAACUCGGUGACCAGUUGGCAACCCCUGUGAAGAUAGAGCAAACUACAUCCGACCCUCAGAUUAGCCAAGAUUGUUUUUGUCCUGUCAAAAAUUGCUCAAAAGCUUUCAAGUUUUUCCGCAACCUCAUGGCUCACGUCCGAUCUCACAAGGACGACGAGGAGGCGAUGAGGUUUCUAGAAAUACAAAAGCAGAAGGUCGUGUGCCAGUAUUGCAGGAGGCAGUUCGUCAAUGUCCGGCACCUUAAUGAUCAUUUGCAGAUGCACUGUGGCAGCAAGCCAUAUAUCUGCAUUCAGCUGGAUUGCAAGGCCAAUUUUAAUUCCAAUUCUGAACUUCUCAUGCACAGGAAAACACACCCAGAGUUUAAGGCCCAGUGCAUGUUCCCAAACUGUGGGCAGGUUUUCAACGAGGCCUACCUACUGUAUGAUCACGAGGCUCAGCAUUACCUUACAUACACCUGCCAAACGGAAAACUGUGGUAAAAUAUUCUACUCUCAGUCCGAUUUCUUGUCUCACCAAGAGCAUCAUAGCACAAAUAAUACCAUUGUCAGUCAACCUCCCCCUGUCGCUGCAAAAGUAGAACCAGCACACGUGAGCACCCAAAGCCAAGAGGACACGCUUCCAGCUGUUUUUAGCCUCGAAACAAAUAAUACAGAUGUUUACUUGGAGGAAGCAUCAAAGGCAGAUGCUUCAGAGUGGGAUUCAGCAGAUGUCGCUAAAGAUUCUGCUCCCAUGAAAGUGAAACACUCGAUUGAAAAUAUGCUAAAUUCAAUGGCGGCUCAAGGCAUGACAGAACCAGAGAAAUGUUACACUCCACUGACCAACCCCACCCCAUCACUCGCUGACGUGAAUCUGCCACCUGAAGCGCCACAAGUGCACGAGGAUGUGCCCGGGCCGGGGGAUUUUCCUCCGCCGUAUCCUGAUCCCAUCGCAGCAAAUCCUGUGGCCAGUCUGCCGGAAAAGCAGCAUAACAAUGUACAAGGUGCUGAAUUUCAGAAAGCAUUACCACAAAUACUGUCCCCAAGUCAAAUCAAAAUGGAAAUUCCUUCUUCUCUGCAAGGAUAUCCGAGCAGCACCUCCGCUGUUCCUGCAGGCAGUGAAGAAAACCUGCACUGCUGCCCAAGCAAUGACUGUUCAAGGGCGUACAGUACAAACAAAAGUCUGUCUCGGCAUGUGAAGAAGCAACAUCCUGAAAUAUUUGAAGACUGGAAAUUGGCAAAGAAAUACAACAAAGUGGCCAAAAUUACAGCAAAAAAGGGCAACAGGCCAUCAACUCAGCCAGGGAUACUAUGCAACAAACCAGGGAUGCAGCAAAUGGAUUAUCAGGUGGGAUGCUCAACCUCGCCGUCCCAAUGUUAUCCGGGAUCAAUGGAGCCUGUGCCUAUUACUCCGAUGGUCAAUCCUACCUUGUACCCAUCUUGGGGCUGCGCUAACAAUCCCAACGUUAUGCAGCCAGACAUGUCCCAGUCGUGGUCUUCACCUCCUAUGAAUAACUGCUAUCCUGAGGCCUUUAAUGUCAACGAAUACCCCUCCCGCAAUUACCCCCACUGGCAGGCAGACCCUUAUCAAACCACAUUGCCUCACCCUCCUGAUAGAGAUCACUCAAUGGCAGCUAUACACGGUCCCGCUACGUCGCAUACUCCUUCGGAUUCCAGUUUGAUGUCUCAGUACGUGUCCAGCUCUUUAAUGCUCGACAAUGGGGGGCAUAUGCAUAAUGGAGGGCAUCAGUAUGGACUUAUGCAACCUGAUGGUUCAGGAGAGAACGUAGAUGCUAGGAAGAGCAGUGCAAGUAUGAUUGGACACUUGGAUAAUGGGAACAGUCUCUCAACAAUUGACAGCCUUCCUGACGGAAGUUACCACACUCCAUACGCUCCGAGUGAAAGCUCCUGUCUCACUCAGUGCUCGUCAGUGGAUGUGCCCAUGAAAUGCAUGACUCCAGAGGCUCAAGUUCCACUAAAAGCUGCAAGUGAAAUCACUAAAAUAGAAACAGUGUCAACUUCUAGUUUUGAUCAGAUGGACAACUCCGUGGAUGGCGUGCUCAGUCCACACAGCGUGGCUCCCCCCGAUUUCCCUUACGAGGAGGAUUGUCAGAAUGCAGACAGUGACCCGGUCCCCGUGGAAGAAAAGGCCGGCGACAGCGAAGUGCAGAAAGGAAAACGCAGCAGGUUGAGCAAGCGUACCAAAUGGCCAGCAAUAAUCAAAGAUGGCAAAGUUAUCUGCCGGAGGUGUUUCAGAGAGUUCACAAGCACCAAAUCUCUCGGCGGUCACCUGUCCAAGCGCUCUCAGUGUCGGCCUUUAGAUGAAAUCGACCUGACGGCAGACCUACCAACGUCAUUUUUGGACUUCCUCAAUGACCCUCAUCUUCCUGAUGCGAACGCAGCAAUGUACAAUAUGCCAAAUGGAGAUUUUUCACAAGAAUCCUCUAGCUUGACCACUUUGACGUCCCCUAUGGUGUUGAAACAAGAGCCCCAGAAUACAAAUAUAAUGGACCAGUCCAACUCCUCAGCUUCCCACGAAAACCAGCGAGACAAAGAAGCGGGGAUGGCUAAUCCGCCCCUCACCGGGCCUUAUCAGGAGGAUCACCUGAUGGAAAUUUCACAUGCCUUUCAAAGGCUGGAUUUGAUUGAAGCUGCCCAAGGGAGGAUGCGGAAUGCAAUGUCAUUAGAGCAAAAUGUUAGUCAUACUAAAGCCGUUCCUGCCGUCGAAAAAAGUAAAGCACAGGGCAAAAGCGACGAAAAGCCCCCUGAAAAGGUACCUAAACCAUUUAAAUGUGACCAGGACGACUGUGAGUUCUCAUUCAUGACAAAGGAGGCAUUAUUUAAACACUUGAGUAAAAUGCACGAUUUUACCACCGAGAUGAUCGACGAGCUCAAAAGAACUCCAUCCAAGCUGUCUCCGUAUCCUUGUCAGAUCUGUGCAAAGACCUUCACGCGAACGACAGGGUUGAGAAUUCACUACGAGAAAGUUCACCGAUUGUCAAAAGCGGAAAUGCAGAAGCUAAAAAUCAGCGCUCGACACCGACGCGCAUUCAGACUCAACAAAGACGAGUCGUUAAACAGCCAAGCAAACGUUGAGUCCAACAGCAGUCGGACGGCACAGCCUGCGGCUGUUUUACUUGCUAUUAAACAAGAACCUGUCGACAUUGCGAUCGCACCGAAACCAGUGACUGAGAAGGAUCCAGAUGUACCUGAAAUCUCUUCUGGGGAAGCAGCGAAACAGGGCUUGACACCUGACGUAUCAACUGUUACAAGACUACCGUCGCCUCAGAACUAUUUGACUGAAAGACCACUCGGGGAGGUGGUGCCAUCAACCCCAGAAACCGCUGCAGAGCAACCUCAACCUCAGCCUCAACUGGCCUUUGUAAACAGAAGUCCAGACACAAAGGCGAAGACCAGCGUCAAAGAAAAAGCGAGUCCUGCCAGCAAAGCCAAAUCGCCGCAAGAAAAAUUAAACGUGCCGCCGAGUAAAGUAACAGAAUCCAGAUCCUCGAUUGAAUCUGCCUCGUCCUCCCCUGAAAAACCCAGCAGCUCUAAAAGCACACCAACAAAGGAGGAGAGGAAAGAGAAGUUGCAGAAAAAGUUGAGCCUCAAAAUGAGUGACACGGACAACGCCUACAGUCCAUACAGACCAUACCGCUGUGUUCAUGAAGGGUGCACCGCGGCAUUCACCAUUCAGCACAAUUUAAUCCUCCAUUACCGGGCUAUGCAUCAAGCAUCGCUGCCGCCAAGUAAAGCCGAGCCCGAGGUUGAAGCGGCGGUCGUCAGCGACGACCAGGAGAGCGACCAGAGCUUUGGGAAAGAUAACGAAGUCAGGUGUCAGGUGAAAAACUGUUCCAGGGUGUUCAUGGGAAUCACCAGGUUAGUGCAGCAUUACCUCUUGCUUCACAAGUUCACCCGCGACAAAGCCACCUCCAUGAUGGCCAGCAUGUCCAUAUCCACUUUCAACUGCGACAGGCCAGAAUGCGCUCUUCCCUUCGACUCCGUGGAUAAAUACAUCGAGCACAUCAAGAACUACCACAAGGAGAUCGCCAUCUCCGAGAGCGGCUCAGUGGACCCCACCUACCGGUGCGAGUACGAGUCAUGUGAUCGCGUGUACACUACAAAGUCAAACCUGCUCCGGCACCUGAUCAAAAAACACAACUAUGUUUAUGAUCCCAGAGCGAGUGACGGAAGAAGAACUAAAUCGGUCGGACUCUUCCCAGGGGCCAGCAAUGGGAAAGAAAAUAUGGAGAGCAAAUUCAAAGUUAAAAAGAAAAACACUAAAAAGAAAGAAGGGAAGUCCAUCGAACACUGGACUAGUUUUGGCAAGCCCACGCUAAAAUCUCACGAAGAGGCGUCAGCAAUGUGCACCAAGAAGUCCGCCCUGCAGUACCCGUGCAUGAUCAUAGGCUGCGAUACAGUGGAGCGGGCCGAAAGAAGCAUAUUUAAGCAUUACACCACUCAUGGCCUCACGGAAAGAUAUAUCGAAGAUCAGAGGAGUCAGUUCAUUUUCUGCAAAAAAUACUCGCGCUCCAGAUUCAAAGAUGCAAACAAGGCGGAGGGCGCGUCGAGCUCCGAGGAGGAGACGGAGGCAGACGAAGGCGAGCAGAAAACAGAGACUUGCUGCGACCAGAAAACAGUGACUAGUGACCAGAACAUAGAGCCCAGUGACCAGAAAGCAGAGGAGCUGGAGGAGGAGAAAGUCAACCAAGAGGACAACAAACAGUCCAAUGACGAAAGUGCAGAAUCUCAAGCUUCCAAUGGGACCGACUGUGGCGUUAAAAGAGGGCGUCCCAGAAAACCUGCGCAGCCCACACCAGCUUGUCCAGAGAGGAUGCAGUCCCUUAGAAACCGCACGACUGUUAACAGUUCAAUAGAUAACUCAAAUCCUGGUACCCCUGUAGCCCCGGAGCAGCGUGACGAUCCGGUCACACCGGGGUCUUUUAAGCCUUUAGGCCUCGAGGACUCGUUCCUUAAGUUCUUGGAAACCUCAGAGUCUACCAACUCUUCUAAACGCAAAUUAUGUGAGAAAUCUAGUGCUGAAGUGCCACCCAAACGACAACAAACUUUAAGGCAGAAAUACGUGGCGGAGAGUAAAGAGAGUAAAAAGAGUAAAACGACUGAUGAAAUUAAAGACUGUGGGAACCUUGUAGACUUCAGAAACCCUCUGAAUCUUAAAUCUGUGAGUAAUGUAAAGAUAGUCAUGGAUAAAGCAUUUUCAGACAGUGCUGAUCUUUUACUUAAGCAGCUACAAGACAUGAAACCCAUGGUUAUAAUAAAAAAGUGGCUUUAUAGCGGAUCAUAGCCCGGUAUUAUGUUUCCAAAUCAGUCUUACUCAGGAUUUGAGAAGUUUUGCUGCAGGAUGGUUUGUUUCUUACUGCACCAGAUUUCCAACUGUUAACAGUCAUGGUCACGGCUAUGCGUUAAAUGGCCUAUUUUAUACAUCAUGAAAAAUGUUCUCAGAUGAUUUUAAUUAUGUAUGUUAGUUAUAAUAACCAGGUAUCUAUAGGGCAUAGAUUUUAGACUCAUGUUUGUAUUUAUGCUUAGUACUGAAGAUGUUUUUUUUUCUUUUGCUAAAUGGAGACUUUUAAAGAAAACUAUGUUUUUAUAUAUCCCUAUGGGAUUUCAAGUUCUGUUUGUAUUUAUUUCAUCCUUUUUCAACACUAGUAGACCUAUCUGUAAUAUUUACAUGUCUUCCACAAAGUGUUCAAUAAAAUGU